AUGGGCAAAACAUUUUUACAACAUCCUGGCGGGGCAAGACUCUAUUCUUGUGCGAAAUGCGAUACUGUUUUGACGAAUAAAUCUCAACUGAUUUCAAUGGUAUGAAUUUAUGUCGUUUUAAUUUGUUUCGGUAUAUUACAAUAGAUUCAGCUUUAUUUUUUGUUUUUUUUUCCCUGCUAAUUUAGAGGUUCACUGGUGCUACUGGAAGAGCAUUUCUUUUUAAUAAAGUGUAUGUAUAUAAAUUUCUCAGUUAGAUUUUGAAACUAAUUUUGCAAACAUAUUAAAGGUCAGCUAGGAUUAUAUUAUUUAUAGAAUUAAGUUAUUAUUUAUAUAAUUAUAAUUUAUAUAUUCAUGGAUGAUUGAGGCAGUAUAUUUGGAAAUGAGCUGAUCACAAAAGAGGCCGAUUGCUAUAGUGUUUAGGGGCUACAUCCAUAUUCAUGUUGCCACAAAUAACGUCGACGAAUAGUGGUUGGGUGGUUUUAUGUAGUCAACUUAUUGACAUUAUCUCAUGGCAAUUUGACAAUUGAUUUCACAUGACCUUUCCGCGAAUGUUGCAAACUCGUUCCGAACUUCGUUGUGAAAUUCGAAAGUUUAUACUGAAAUUCACAAGCCGGUUUGUAAACAAAGCCUCUGAUUGGUUUAUUUUUGUUUGGGGACCAAUCAGAGGCUUUGUUUACAAACCGGCUUGUGAAUUUCAGUAUGAACGUUUGAACUUCACAACAUUCACGGAAAAGUUAUGUGAAAUCAACCGUAAUGUCGAAAGUAACUAUCACAGUACAGAUUUUGUAUCAUAAAUGCAAAAGUCAAAAUACGGCUGAAUGUUGAUCAACGUUAUCUGGAGAGGGUGGGUCAUUGAAGUAAUAAUGUUGAUUCAACAUUAUUUGUGGCAACGUGAAUAUGGACAUGCAUGGCCCCUUAAUACUUGUUUUUAUAACAUAGCAUUUGUGAAUUCUGAACGCUGAUUGGACACGGAAAAUUUCUUUCUUCAUAAUGAUAAUAAGCUUUAAUCAAACUCACUAGAAAAUUUACAUGAGGGUGUUGAUGGGGUAUAUAGUGAGUCGUGAUUCACUCGAUUUUGGUUACCAUAAGUCAUGAAAACACUAAUUUUAAAUUUACCGUGAACUGUUGUGAAGCGCGAGGGAAAAAAAUAGUGUUUAUUGUUUCAGAACACUUCUCAAAGAUUUACCUUUAAAACACCAAAAUUUUAGCAUUAAAAUACUGAUUUUCAGACCCGGCCCCCCAUCUAGACCCUCUGAUAAUGCUAUGUGAGAACAGAACAAAAGACAUUAUACAACAAACAAAGGCAAGUUAGAUAUGGGAUCGGCAAACAGACUCGAAGUCCCAACAAGGCAAACCCCACACAUAAAUUACUACUAGAAAUUUAUACUACGAAAACAUAAAACUUCAAUAAAAGUUCGGGUUUUUUUCCGUAUUGAUAUGCAGUUAUAUCAACACUCGUGGAAGUUGGGACACGGAAAAUUGUGUGAAAACACUCCACCCUUCCUCCGCGUCUCCACGUCUCCAUUAUAGCUGUAUAUUAACACAAGAAACAUUUUAUAUUUGUAAUUAUAUCACAUGACUCUGUUGAAUAUUAUGUCGAAACUCUAUCUUAUUUUGUCAGCUGGCGAGUUGAUAUGAUGAUUUUCGUAGUUGGCUGCUAGCCAGUCAGAAAUCAUGAUUUUUUUAAAAUAAACAAUAACAAUAAUUAUGAUGUUUGUGAUGUUACUCUGAGUGUGCAUCCGCACUGUGGGCAAGCUGAAAAGUUUGCCUGACCACGGUGGGAAUUGAACCCACGACACACACAAAAGGAAACAAUAAUUGACUAAUAUUAAAUUUUUGUAAUUAUAUUUUCUAAGUGUCAACAUUACAUUCAGUGAAGUUCAAGACAGAGUUAUGGUAUGUAUGAUGUUACUGUUUUUAGGGGCGCCUUCCGGGCAAGAACCAGUGGCAUGAGUUUCGAGUGUUGAAUUACAGUAUUCAAGCUCUCUAUGGGAUAUGGGGGAUUUCUGCCGAAACAUUUUGUAAUUUAGAGUCUCUGAAAUGCAAUCUCAUGAACUUUGGGGAACAUGAAAAUUUAAUUAAUUUACAGAACUGAUGAAUUUGAGAUAUUGCUUCGUAUUUUACUUUUUUGCUGGAAAUAAGUUUCAUUGUGCCCUUACAUGCCCUGCUUUAAUAACAUUUUACUCUGUCUAUUACCAGACAAUUUUACUCGUAACUGCAGGCAAGAGCGCCGGUACUCAAUGGGUUAACAACAUUCAAAUUGCAGGGGCAGAAAAUUACGAGCAGUAUCACAUGCGGUAAAAAUAACCACUUUCGGCUAAAAAAUGGUUAUUUUUCCCGCACGCAACGCAAGUAUAUACAAAAUUUGCAAACUUCACAGGGCUAAAAACUUUGCAAUUUUGAUUCUCUUCCCAGCUAUGGUAAUCGAUUUUUUUCUUCUUGUUUAGAUCAGAAUUUCAUCUAUAGGUGGAAUCAUUCAUUGUUAAUUAAAUUAUUAAUCGUUGCUGAUUUAAUGCUGAAUAAUCAAAUCUUUAAUUCUUUUAUAUUUUAACAGUUAACAGGAAGGCAUAUGGUUCGAGAUGUUUCAUGUAAAAAAUGCGAUGCAAAACUUGGUUGGAUGUAUGUAAGUGUCCGAAAGCAUCAUACUUUACACAACAUAUUUCAUCCAUAGUUUAGCCACUAACACAGAGUGUCGAAAUUGUGCACAGAUUGAAUUUCCAGGUCGAGUGGGUUUCAGAGUUUUUGGUUAGAAGAAUCCAACAGCUGGAAUCUGAGCCUAUUUUCCAGUCAAAAUAGGAGGGGUGAAGCAAUCUAGUAACACCAACACAGAAAAAAAUUAUGAUUACUAGAUGAUUGCAUUGAUAUCGAAGGAACUGGACUCAGUUCCGAAUAUCACAUACUCGAACCGACCUGACCGCGCGUGUAGCUCAGUUGGCAGAGCAUUGGGCUAGUAUUCCAAAGGUCCGUAGGUCCGAUUUCCACCGUGGCCAGGCAUAUUUUUCAAGCUUGUCCAGUGUGGAUGCACACUCAGAGUAACAUCACAAACAUCAUAUUCACCUGAGUACAUAACACCAACACAGAAAAAAAAUCUGAAAGAAAAGUUUUAAUAAUAUUGCUUAUAGCUGAGAAGCCAUUAUAGUAUUUGCAGUUUUGCACACUUGUAAAAUGUAUGUUCUUCCACUCGUUUUUCUCAGCAUUUCUUCAAAAUGUUCGUCCCAUCUACUGUAUCUGGUACUGAUUAGUGAUUCUAGAUAGUGUUUUGUAAGUGGUAAACUCUACAUACAAUAACUAAGUCCUGUAAUUUCUUUUUUCAAGGAAUUUGCCGUUGAGGAAUCACAACGAUACAAGGUAAUGUAGUGACUGGACGUUCCUGAAUAUUGCAAGCAGUCCCAUAGAAAGUAUACUUCAUUUGUGCGCAGCAAAAUCCAAAAAUAUCACAGUUAGCUGUUCGAGAAUUCAAUUUUUUCCAUUGUAUGUUAUGUAGGAAGGCAGAGUCAUUCUUGAGAGAGCGUUGGUGAGCGAAGCAGAUGGUAUUGAUGAAAUUGGCUUAAACUAAUCGGAAUUAUGAUCGUCUUUAGAAGCUAACUUUAAAAUACAUAUGUUCAAGCUUUGUAAAUACUUUCGUCUGUACAUAAUGAAUAAACGUAUCUAACAUAUAAACUAGUUAUUAAGAAACAUUUAUAAUUCAUUGGAAAAGCAAGUAAACAGUGAGAAUAGUUUUUACUAAUUACACUGAGUCGAAACUCAGUUUACAGUCAUCCCACAAAACACUGCACUAGUCGUCUAAUAUAUAUAGACACUGCUCUAAUAUACAGGGUGUCCACGGGCCUUCAAAAUCCUGGAAAGUCCUUGAAUUGGAGAAAAAAAUUCCAGGACUGGAAAGUCCUUGAAAAUCAGUAGAAGUCUUUGAAAAUCCUGGAAUUAAUUUCCUUAACCUCCAGCUGUGCCAACAUUAGUGCUUUUCAUUAAAAUUGCUGAUUAAAGUGAAUUAUUUUCAACGAGUUUUCGCAGUUCUAUAGGUUCUUGAAUUUACUGACAAAGGGUCUUGAAAGUCCUGGAAAAGUCCUUGAAUUUCACCUGUUCACCAAAAGAUGGACACCCUGAAUAUAGAUAAUGUACCUCCCUAUAACAUGUACCCUGAUAUGUACAGAGAGCGUUUAAUAUAGCGUCUAUUCAUAGUCAAUAUAGGAAAGUCAGGAAACUCGAUGCAGAGUGACAUAAACGUAUUGAUAAUAAGGUCUAUUAUGCUUGCAAUGCAGACAUAAUACGGUAGACCUCAUUCUCUACAUGUUUUUUUUUGUCUUGAAGGUUUAUGCAAGAAACGGUCGGUUCAUAGUCACGUGUGUAUUGUAUUUUCGCUAGAGCAAGUGAGCAACCAAUAGCUAGAGUAUGUUUUCAUUUAACCAUUGUGUAACAUCACGACUGGACCACUGGGUAAAUGAACCAACACACUGCCAGGGGUGUAACUUAACACUUGCCCGCUUGCCCGAGGCAAGUGAAUAUCAUGACGGGCAAGUAAACGUUUUUCUUGCCUGCCCGAUUGGGUAAGUUGCCUUGCCACAAAAAGCUGGGCAUCUUUAAGUUCAUGUUUUUAUUGUCGAAUAUCAAUUUUUUAUAGUGCAUGAACUUGAUUCAAAUUUUGUCUUUCGUUGGCCAAAGCUAGAUCUGAGGGAGUAUAACAUAGCCAUAUAGAGCAGUGGAAGAACGGGUCGACAUGUCGUCCCCUUAAUUUAUACCCUCUACCUACGUACCCCAGUGGCCAAUGUCUGUUGGCAAGUAAAUUUUAUUCAGGGCAACUAAUUUUCAUGUCCAACUUGCCUUGGCAAGUGGUCAAAAAAGGUAAAGUUACACCACUGAACUUGUUAAGGGGGAGCUUCACCUCAAAAUUUAGUCGAUUAGGAUGAAAAUGUCAAAAUAUCUAAAACAUCAUGAUAGGAUACCUAAACAUGUAUUUUAUCAACUAGUGAAGUCUUUAUUUAAAUUUCCAUACUUUUUACGGAAAAAAAUAGACUUUAGAGAAAGGAUGUGAGAUUUCAUUGAAUGUUUACACCAGGUUACCAUGGAAACGAGCUUCAAAAAUCCUCUAAAAAAGUCGUUUUACUGUGCGAUUUCAAUGUAAAAAUUUAUACAGGGCUACCUAUGCCAAUGGUGUGUAUUAUGGAUAUGAGAGGCACAUAGGGACACGCUACAAUUGCAUAAUUUUGUUAUUUACAUAAUUUUACUCAUUUACAUGAGGCUUUGAGAAUAUAUUCCGCUAAAUUUUCUAUUUUGUCGCUAUAUUUUGUUGCAUUUUUGGUUUGUAAUAAUGCCAAAAGGUUCCAAAGAAGGAACAAACUUUCGUGUGAGAAACAAAUCAAAGAAAAAGCCCGUUUCAAAGGGAAACGAUUCUCUGAUUUUUGCGAAGAUGGCGAUGUUUUGAAGGAAAGUUCAUGGCUCUCAAAUCUAACACCCGAUCUGGAUCAGAAGAGUAAAAUGAAGACUAAUAUGAUGACGAUUUAUUGAAUAAAACUGAUGAGAAGUCACAUCGGCAAAGAAACUGGAGAAAGCUAAUUUAAAAUCACCUCAAAUUUACUCCUGAAAUUGAAGGGAUAUUAUAAACUGCAAGGCAAACUUCACAGGGACAAGAAGGAUAUCGGAUUGUUUGUAUUGAAAACAUUAGGAAAACAGUUGAGAACAUGCAUAAGUGCAAAAAUGAAAACAUUAUAACUUCUGAAGAUGCUGCAAAACGUGCUGGACUGAGCAGUACUUAGUUUAUUAUUAUUUUGAGUGCAGAGGAUUGACAUGGAUACAUAGAAGCCAGUUGAGGGAAAGGCAUGUUCUUUUGAUGUAGAACUAAUUUUCCUAUGGGUGAGCUGGGCUUAGGUUGGGAAAUUCUUUCAACUAUUUGUGACAUUUUGAACAUUGGCCCUCCAGUUUAUAGUGACCAGUUUAUAGUGAUAGUGCUUACCAAAAACACAAUCAAUCGGUGAAUCUAGCAACAAGAAAAGUCUUGGAAGAAAUAUUGAACAUUGGCGCGGCUGGUCGACUUGAUGUAAUGAAAGAGCUGAAAAUGUAUGCUGGUUUUUAUACAAAAACUGGAAGUGGGAGAAAGAAUGACAAGAGAGUAAAACAAGCAAAUGCAAGGGCCCAGAUGAAGUUCAAGGAAGCAAGACAGAAAAUUCAACAGGCAAAAUUGGCGGAAGAGGCAAGAUCGAAGGCACGGAAAUGA